AACUGCUUGCAGAGUCUCGUGCCGCGCAGGCGCAGUGGUUCUCUGUCAGAACUUCAGCGUUUGGGUCCUCUUGGCGGAAGGCACCAUGUUUCGGACGGCACUUCGACUCUCUGUCUCCGGACUCCGGGGUGUGCUGGUAUCGCGACCUGCUUCUGUCGCUCCUUUGGCCUCUAGGUGCUACUCACAUGGCAGACAGGAGACAGAGGAGGAAUUUGAUGCUCGCUGGGUCACCUACUUCAACAAACCGGACAUUGACCACUGGGAGCUGAGGAAAGGACUGAACACUUUGGUUGGCUAUGACCUGGUACCUGAACCAAAGAUUCUGGACUCUGCCCUCAGAGCCUGUCGGAGGCUGGACGACAUGGCGAGUGCCAUUCGUAUCCUUGAGGCUGUUAAGGACAAAUCAGGCACUCAUAAAGAUAUCUACCCCUACGUGAUUCAAGAGCUGCAGCCUACUCUUGACGAGCUUGGAAUCUCAACACCUGAGGAGCUUGGUCUGGACAAGCUGUAGACCCUUAGCAUGGGGUGGGUACAGCAUACGCAGUCCAGCUGUCAUGAGUGGCCCAACUGAGCUGGUCGCUGUGCACUUCCUUGCUUUCAGUAGAAACUCAGUAGAAUGGUCAUUAUUAUUUAAAAGAACUCGGAUUAUUCUAUUUUCACAUGCAUUUUAAUUUGGAACCAAAGCCCUUGGUUUCCUUGGUGAUGUGUAACUAAGUUGUCUCUUCUUUCUUAACUCAUCCAGGUUGACUUUUGUAGCUGGGAGAAAAGCUGCUGUCUGGCUUUUGCAUGUUACACUUGUUUGUGUUUUAUUUAAUUUGGCUUUCUCUCAUAUUUUCUGUAAAAAUUAUGGACAUAAUAAAUUAUAAAAAUUCUUGAAUGA